AUGGGUCGAAUCGUUUCGAUGUCCAAGAGCAAAAACCCCAAAGGGCUCCUUGAAAUAAGGGUUCCGUGGAUGGCCCCGAAGACUCGGAAAGACCAUGUUCCUCUACGAAGAGGUCGUUGUUCCACUUCCGGGAGAGUAUUAGAUCUAAGUCUGCCGACCAGUAGAGACCUGCAGGGAUAUUCUUGGAAGUUGUUUAUUUUACGGGCUGGUCAAUCCGGCUGCACCCUCGUGGCUCAGACAGCUCCCGAAAAUUCGGGCGCAACCGGCUGCGCGGUUGACCACAACCGUCUCGGGGCACGUUUCGCCAUGGAUGUCGAUGUGACCUUUGAUGGCUCACCAGGCAGAGUUCGUUUUUCCACCCCGAGGAAUGCUCCCGUUUUGCCGAUCCUCUCCAGGGACCUGGCAACGCCCAGGGGUGAAGCUGACCUGGACAAGCUCAGCAGAGAUGCCACUGCACUUUCAGAGGACUUGGAUGAUUUGCGAAGCAAAAUCCGACGCAUGGACGUGCCAAAGCUGGCUAUUGAUGUGCAGCACGUUCAGCCUCUUGGGUCGCAGUGGAUCCCCAGUGCAAACACUGAUUUCAGCGUCCUCGCGAGUUCAGUGCUCAACGACAAGGUGAACAGCUUCAGACACGACUUGGCCACAGAGACUUGGGCCAGGAUUUCAGGCGACGAGGAUACCUGCCGCAGGCUGCUGAAACUGGAGCAAGUGCACAUUGAUUUGGACCGUCGGCUUCGCGCAUGGGCCCCUUGGGCGUUGAAUUCGUCAGGAGUUGGAAAGAGAUCAAGUGAAAAAGGAGACUCCAGAGGCCCUUAG